GCAGGUGUGACAUCGACACAAAGUCAAAUCUCCUUCUCUAGCGCACCUUACAGUAACCGUGAAGACAACUUGUUCAAGGAGAACCACGACGCUUUUCGAUUCAAUAAACCUUCCAAGUCAAGAAAUUACAGGAAUGGACAAUAGCAGCAGACUGAUGUUGGCAGUCGUCAUGGUAAUAGCGUACAUGGCGAUGAGAGGCCAGACCCAGAACUCCACAGUGGCCCCGAACGCCACAAAUACAGCUAAUACUACAGCUAAUGUUACUACUCUUACGACCGUGGCACCUAUUGUCAACACCACCGUCACAGCUCUUACGGGAAACAUCUCAAGGGCGGAAUGUGGAAAGACUCAGUUAUGUGCUGCUGUGCCAGACAACUGUGAUCCGUCCGUGGCUGGUUCCUGUUUCUUCGUCUCCACCCAGCAGUCCUCGAGUCAGACCUUCUCCUUCCAGCUACGAGGAGUGUCCAGCGGCUACAUCGCUGUAGGCUUGUCCACAGACUCCAUACAGGGCGGUAAUGACACCACCUAUGUGUGUGCCAACAACAACGGCAUCGUCCUGUUCUUCACCGCUCUCCUCAACAAUGGAAAUCUGACCAUCACCAACACACUGCCUGUGAACUCUGUGAAAGGCUCAGUCAACAAUCAGACCAUCCAGUGCACCUUCUCUGCUACUGUCCCCAACGCUACGGCCACCAAGAGCUCCGACACCAGCUACUUCAUCUCCCUCUCCAAUGGGAUUUUUGCUAACGGAAUACUGGGUAGUCCCACUGCUGUCCUGUUCAGUAGUAAAAGGGUGGACCUGGGCGACCCCAACACUAAUGUGACCAACUCUUUGAACAACACCACCACUACUGCUGCUCCCUCCACUACUGCUAGACCCUCCACUACUGCUGCUCCCUCCAGCCACGCCUUUGUCCUGCAGCACACCCUGUCUCAAGCUCUUCUGAUCCUGCUAGGUGUACUAGGUAUGAUGAUGCUGUAAUGCAGGUCUGAAGGGGAAGCACCAUGCACUCAGGAAUCCUGCCUCCUUACCUUUACUCACCUUGGUCAGGCUGUGUCCCCAAAUUACACCCUGUU